AUGUUAACAGCACGUCAGUUCUACGCGGACCGCAAGCGCUUUGAUUGGUCCACCAGAACCCCUCCCGUCAGUGUUGAUGCAGCUCGAGAUGAUGGCUCCCUUGGGAGACUUGUGAACGAUGACCAUAUUAACCCGAACUGCAGGAUGAAGACUAUCCAUGUGGAUGGGAAACCUCAUCUCUGUUUAUUUGCCAUAAGAAGCAUUUGCCCGGGUGAAGAGAUGGGGCAGGUGCUAUUAGACAGUGCUGACUGUGAUGGUCUUACAGUGGCUCUUGAUCAGAACCGUUUUCUCUGUCCUGAAUUUCAAGUUACCCUUGAGAAGAACCAGUUGGCGUUAGGGAAUCAAGAUUGUGUUGAGAAGAAUGGUGGUGAGAAGAAUUCUCAAUUGUCCCCAGUGCAAUUGUUAAAUGAGGACCAGAGUUUUCAUGCACCUACCGAAGGACUCAAGCAGGUCUGCAGACAUGAUGUGACCUCUACAACAAUAUCGAGCAUGGACAAGUGUGCAGCAUGUGUGGGACCUGUUGCGGCAUUUAAGUGGAUUGGACUGAGAUGUAAAUUGUGCUCCAGCUUUUGGCACAAGUCCUGCUACUUCAAAUUGUAUGACAAACAGUCAUCAAUGGAUACAAGUUCAGAAGAAGAGCUGUCAGAUGAGGAAUACAUACCACAGUCAGAGUCAGAGAGUCAGUCAGACAGUUCAGAAGAUCUGACAACAAGAACAAAAAGUCAGGAUCAAGCUAAUCACCCCUCACUAUUAAAGAAGGUUGUCCCCUCACAAUUUAGUUUACCUGUACCCCCCCUGGAUUCAUAUCAAGGCAAAGGAAAACAAAUCUCAAUGGCAAGGGAAGCUGAGUUUGACUUACUUUGUCAUGAAGAGGAUGUUGAACUAGAUAGUAACUCAGAUUCAGAUUUGCGCAGGGAAAUAGAUGUGGUGAUGUCAUCCCCUUCAUUAAUCAGUGAAGAGGCUUGUAGUGGAAAGCUCAUGAAUGCAGCAGACUGA